GCAUCGUGCCUUGGGAUUGCACGGUCAAUGUGCCGCAUAUCCAGCAUUUAAUAUAAAACCAAUCCUCACCUCACAUAAUCCGUUGCUUCUUUUGUAGUAGUAUACUUUCUUAAAACCAGAUUCAAUAUGGCUACCGCUUCAGCACAGGCUCCGAUCACUCUCAAAGGCGGCGUUGGUGCCUAUAAGGAGUUGAACACCAGCAAUCUCUUGCUCGAAAACGAAUUGAACGGCACUGAAAAGUUUGGAGCCGCAUCGUAUCCAAACUAUCUGCCAGUAUGGGACAACGAGAAGGGAGAGAAAUACGAACCCCUCGAACCAUUUGAGCACUAUGAACAUGGCAAAGACGCCGACCCGACCUUCAAGAACCUUCUUCCGGAAGGCAGCCACAUUGAGGACAUCACAGCCUCUAUUGGUGCCGAAGUCACUGGUGUCCAGCUAUCUCAACUUGACAACAAGGGCAAGGAUGAAUUGGCCUUGCUGGUAGCCCAAAAGAAGGUCGUCGCUUUCAGAGACCAGGACUUCGCCUCACUUCCAAUCGAGAAGGCUCUGGAAUUUGGCCGUUACUUCGGUCGACUGCACAUUCAUCCCACCAGUGGUGCACCCAAGGGCUAUCCCGAGGUGCAUCUCGUCCACCGUGGUGCCGACGACAAGGCGUUCCUCGACUUCUUUGACAACCGAACCAACUCCGUCGCCUGGCACAGCGAUGUAACAUAUGAGAAUCAGCCACCCGGGACCACAUUCUUGUACGCUUUGGACGUGCCUUCCUCUGGCGGUGAUACUCUUUUCGUCAACCAAGUGAAGGCCUACGAAAGACUUUCUCCAGCCUUCCGCGAGCGUCUUGAAGGCCUCAAAGCUGUGCACUCGGGCUAUGAACAGGCCACAGCCGCCAUCAAUCGAGGCAGCACCAUCAGACGAAACCCCGUCUCGUCAAUUCAUCCACUUGUCAGAACCCACCCAGCGACGGGCGAGAAGGCCUUGUAUGUCAACCCACAGUUCACCCGAUACAUUGUCGGCUUCAAGCAGGAGGAAAGCGAUUAUCUCCUCAAGUUCUUGUAUGACCAUAUCGCCUUGUCGCAAGACCUUCAAGCCAGAGUCAGAUGGAGAAAUAACACCGUUGUCGUUUGGGAUAACCGCGUGACUGCCCACUCCGCCCUGAUUGACUGGCAAGAUGGCCAGCGCCGACACAUUGCGCGCAUCACUCCCCAGGCCGAGCGCCCGACGGAAUAGAUCUGGGGUUAGAAGAGAUACAAUCGACUGUCUGACAUGCUUGGAAGGGGACAACUGAUCUGCGACUUGUCAGCAGUUCUGACGACUGUAAAAACCAAUAAGUAUAGCCAUCAAUGCAUUCAUUUUGAGAGUCCGACUCUUUGGUGAAGACUUUAUCCCCUGCCACGCCUAACUCCAGGACAUGCUCGCAGGUUAAUAACACAAGGCUGCAAAGUGGAGAGUAGACACAUCUAAUCGCCCUCCAAUCUUGCAACCACGGUGCUCAUCUCUUCGUC